AUGAGUCAAGAAACCUUGAAUGGAAUCAAUGGAAUAUUAUAAGAUGUCCAAGGUUUUGGCUAGGAGAGUUACAGAUUUAUUAGAAAAUGCACCAAACCAGAUAAAAGAGAGUACAUUAAAAUCGCAACAUCAUGUGCUAUUGGCUUUGCAGUUAUGGGAGCAGUCGGAUACUUUAUUAAGUUGGUUUUCAUUCCAAUAAACAAUAUUAUAUUAAGUGCCAAUUGAUUUUGUUAAAUUUUACAUUUUACAUUUUAUCAUUAAUUUACAUAUA